CUCCGCCUCAUUCAAUGUACAGCCCAGCAGCCCGGCCCGCCCUCUGCGCUCCCUAGACUCAACCGCCAGCCUGACCGCAAGGCUGUGCAGGGGUCCCCAGAAAUCAUGGAGGUCCUGGUCCUGGCCAGAUACCGUGCGCAGACGGAGGACGAGCUGAGCCUGGCGCCAGGGGAUGUGGUCCGGCAGGUUCGCGCAGGGACCGCCCGGGGCUGGCUGCAGGGGACACUGCAGGGCCGCCACGGUCUCUUUCCCAAGAGACUGGUGCAGGAGAUUCCCGAGGCUCUGCGGGGCGUCACUGAGCCCACACCGCGCUAUGCGCGCCUCCGCCGCGGUCACCCCGUCAACUCUCAGGGUCCCCAAAGAUGGUGCAAAGUGAACUUCAACUACAGCCCAGAGCAGGCAGACGAACUGAAGCUUCAAACUGGGGAGAUUGUGGAAGUAAUAAAGGAGAUUGAGGACGGCUGGUGGCUGGGGAAGAAGAACGGGCAGUUGGGAGCCUUCCCAUCCAACUUUGUGGAAUUGCUGGACGGUGGGCCCCCAAGCCUGGGAAGCGUAGACAUGCCUUCAGUCGUCCCUAAUCCACCAAAGCCUCCUAAGCUGAGCAACCUGACCUACGACAGCCCUCCAGACUACCUGCGGACAAUCUCCUACCCAGAGACCUGCAGGGUCCUGUUUGACUACCAGCCUGAGGCCCCGGAUGAGUUGGCACUGCACAAGGGGGACCUGGUGAAAGUUCUGAGAAAGACUACAGAGGAUAAGGGCUGGUGGGAAGGCGAGUGUCAAGGCAGAAGAGGACUGUUUCCAGACAACUUUGUGCUUCCUCCACCCCCUAUCAGGAAGCUGGUCCCACGGAAAAUUAUAUCUCGGGAUUCACCUCCUGUUAAGGAAUCAAAAAAGCUGAUGCCCAGAACAUCCCUACCUACCGUCAAGAGGCUGGCAGCAGCUGCCUUGGCACCUAGCAAAGUCAAGACAUCUUCCACACCCAGUGGGGACAGCCAGAAACGCCCCUCCCGAGACGCCGGCUUCAAUGGCAGCUUCCUCAAUGGGGGGGCACGGCAACCUGGGAGAAAGCGACCCGGAGCCCAGGCUUCUCAACAGCAUUCUGUGUCGAGUCAGGAGGAUGACCAGAGAAGCCCAGGAAAGGCCCCCUCCACAAAUAAAACCCCCACUCCAGAUAAAACUCGGCUUCCAGAUAAGACCCUUGGCCCAGAGAAGAACCCAGCUCCCAACAAAGUCUCCACUCCAGAGAACCACGUUCCAGAGAAAGCCCUGGAUUCUGACAAAAUCCCCACUGCAGAGAAUACCACUGUGGACACGGCUGUCACUACAGGGAGUGCCCUUUCUGGGGAUGAAGCCCCUGCCCUAAAAGCCCCAACUAAAGAAGAAAUCUUUGACCCGAAGGCGGCCCUUCCUGUGGACACUGCCCCCGCACUAGUAAAGAUCUUGACCCCAGAGCACAUGGUUUUUGAAGAGGACCCUUCUAGAGAGAACACUCAGUGCCAGCAUUUGCCUCCAGAAGAAACCACACAGGGGUCCCAGUCUCUUGCACCUCCAAAUGACAUCCAGGUGCCAGGACAGCACUUUCAAGCGUCAAACCCCUCCGAGAGGUCCUGCUGUAAGAUGAAACAUGGACACGGGGACAGCUGCCCAGCCCACUCCAAGCCUGAAGAUGAGGCUGCCGUGACGGGUCUGCCACCCAAAGAUGAGACAGCUCCGAAAGAACCACUCCCCAAAGAGCUGCCUUCUGAAGGGGUGAGUCCCCAAAAGCAGGUGCCUCCAAAAGAGUCAGUCCCCACUCCCCAAGUACCACAUACUAUCAAACGGAUGCCAGACCCUGAAGGAGCUCCCACACUUCAUCCCGUGGUCCCACUAACCUCUUCCGAAGGCAAGAGUGCCAGCGCCAGCGCAGAUGCUAUGGAUGUAGCAUCGCUAAGGGAAGAGGUGCGGUCACUAAAGAGCGCGCUGGAGCUUCUGGAGUUGAAACUGGAACAGAAGAUGAGUGAUGUCUGGGAGGAGCUGAAGACCGCGAAUGAGAAAAUCCAGCUGCUGGAGGUUCGGACGAUGCAGAGGACCAAGAAGUCCUUCAAACAGGCGCAGACACAGACGGAAACACAGCCGGAGGAAUAAGGGAGGGCUCAGGCGGAACCUCAGCCCGACCUGGAGGGACAUCCAUCCUGCUCGGGCCACCCCGACCCUUGCACACAACUUUGAGAAACUCCAAGGAAGUAAAAACUGAACUCUUAGACCAUCCUGGUCCGUGUGGGGCGGGGCCAGCCAGCACACCACCCUCCGCAUUCCUGGCGCGCUCUCUCGGGCACAUCUGGCCAACAUGUGGCUCCC